ACGCUCACAGCUAUAGCCACGUUCAAGGCUGUGAGUUUAACAGCUCCGGGAGCUGGACCUUCAUCUUCCAGUACAUCUAUGACCAACAGCUGAUCGUGUAUUUCGACUUUAACCACAAGAAGUACAUCGCGGUGAAGGACUGGGCGAAGUCUAAUGCGGACAGAUGGACUAAAGAGAGCGGGGAGGCCCUGUACCAACAAGCGAUCGGUUUCUGUCAGAAUAACAUCGGUAUCAUGGAGAGUGAGGUGCUGUCCCGGAAAGUUGAACCAACAGUCACUAUCCGACCUAAAGCCUCUCCGCAUUCUGCACAAUCGGCUUUGCUCUCAUGUCAUGUCACUGGAUUUUACCCUCCUGAGAUUGAUGUCAUGUGGCUGAAAAAUGGGGCACCAAUUCCUGAUGGUGUCAUCAACACUGUCCUGUUAUCAGAUGGUGACUGGACCUAUCAGGUGGAGGAUCUCCUCCAGUACCAGCCAGUGUCUGGGGAUAAAUACACCUGUCAUGUGGAACACAGCAGCCUGAGGUGGCCCAGAAGUGUGGAUUGGG